AUGGCACUGCUUCCAUCGAGGGGAGUGGUGAUUUCAGUCCCAGUUCUCGUACUAUCUGUUGCUACCGCCACAAUUUUCCUAUUCUUCCUCCUCUCCUCCCUAUCUUUCUCCCCUCCGCCGUGUACUUGCCCUAUUCCCCCCUCCUCCUCCACCCGCACCGGUAGCUCCGCCGCCGACAGUAAUAAUGUAAGAUUUGGAGAUCGGAUCUCGGCUUCAGCAGAAGAUAUAGAAUGGGUGAAGAGUCAGAUCGAAGCCAAUGGGUUGCAUAUGCAACUGAAUGUGCUGCGUAAAGGCAUUAAUCCUCGCACUCGACAACAGCAGCUGCAAGAUCUCCAGCAGUUUAAAGGCAUAUCACACUACGAAGGAGAAGAAGCUAACAACCACACUGCUCUGCCUUGUCCAGGUGAACUACUUGUAGAAGAACACCAUAGCAAUUAUGGAGAGCCCUGGGCAGGGGGACGAGAUGUAUUUGAGUUUCUUGCAGAGUCUGCCCAUCUAACACCGAAUUCAAAAGUUCUUGAGAUUGGAUGUGGCACACUGCGUGUUGGCUUGCAUUUUAUACGAUACUUGAACCCAGAGCAUUUCCAUUGUUUAGAGAGAGAUGAGCUAUCUCUGAUGGCUGCACUUAGGUACGAGCUGCCAUCCCAAGGCUUGUUGUACAAGCGCCCUCUGAUUGUAAAAGGUGAAGAUAUGAAUUUUAGUAAGUUUGGAGAUAGAUCCAUAUACAGUUUGAUAUAUGCAAGUGCUGUGUUUCUUCAUAUGCCCGACAAGCUUGUUUGGAUUGGAUUAGAGAAGUUAGCAGGCAGACUGAAACCUUUAGAAGGUCGGAUUUUUGUUUCACAUAAUAUAAAGUUUUGUUCACGGUUGGGAGGAGAAGAAUGCACGAAAAGGCUAAAUCAUCUAGGGCUUGAAUAUCUUAAAAAGCACACGCAUGAUAGUUUGCUUUUCAACCACUAUGAGAUCUGGUUUGAGUUCAGGCGAUUCAAGGCUUAA